GAUCAUGGCCAAUUGUGGUGAGAUCAUGGAACAUUGAAACAUUGAAACAUUGAAACCUUAUUGAUUCCACUUCCCUGACAGAGAUUUUGUAGAAUACAUAAAAGGGUUCAAGUUGUAUUGUUCAAAGACUUCCCGCCGAGAAUAAUAUUGUGCAUCGUUCCUCGGUCGACCCGAUAUCAAAAUCAACAAUACAUCAAAGGUCCGGGCCGUACCAUACACCAAGCAAAGCUAAUUAAGACCCAGCCUUGCUAGUCUGCAGACAACCUUGAGUUUCAUGAGCUAUUUGAAAGCUCACAUUCUCGAAGAACCGGGAUAGAGAUAUUACAUUAUGGCACUCACUGAACGGGAAACCGCACAAUUGCGAGGGUCGCUGCAGGAAGCGGUUGUGAAAUGUUCGGAAAGAUGCCUAUAUCAAUCUGCAAAAUGGUAUAAAUGCACAGCAGUAGUAUCAAUUACAUUCACUAAUGGAUUCUUUAAGGGCUGCAGAACUCCUGACAUCUAUACCAACGAGUAAUGACUUUUCAGAGCCCGAGGAUUCGCAAAUGACGGAAGUACUGGCGGAAGGACUCCCCCCAAUUGUCGUCAGUGGGAAUCUCGAUCCAGAAGAAGCACACCUUGAGGCGAAAGAAAUUAACAAAUAUCUAUUGGCAAAAUCAUUCUUUGAUUGCCGAGAGUUCGACCGAUGUGCUGCUGUGUUUCUUCCAGAUAGAUUGCUCUCUGGAAUUUUAUCAACAACAGCUGGAAGAGGCAGUCAAACUAGCGCAAACACGAGGUCAAAGGGAAAGGAAAAGGCAUCAUCAAGUCGAGCUAGCACAGGACCAAUAUCGGGGCUCCCAAAAUUGAGCCAGAAGAGCUUAUUCCUAGCUUUAUAUGCAAAGUUUAUGUCUGGCGAGAAAAAGAAAGAUGAAGAUAGUGAAAUGGUAAUGGGUCCUCAUGAUGGAGGAAACACAGUGAACAAACAGUUGAUCACGAUAAUUCGAAUAUUGGAGGCUUGGUUUCAGGACAGAAGGACUGAAACUGGAGAGUUUGCCGGCAGUCAAGGGUGGCUUGAAUAUCUGUUUGUCAAAUUACCCCAGAUAUAGGAUUUCUACUAACAGGACAUAGCUAUGGAAUGGUUUUGGCCAAGGACAAAAAUGAGGAUGAGGCGAUGCGCUGGCUCGUCCGAAGCGUUGAGCUAUUUCCCAUGAAUUGGGGUUGUUGGUUAGAGAUGACUUCCUUAAUUUCUAGAGUUGAGGACGUGAGUAAACAACCUCAAAUUCAGGAUUAUACUACUGACUUAUUUGCAGUUAAAUAGAAUAUCGCCGCACCUCCCUCAAAAUAUUCUCUCAUUCAUAUUCCACCUUCAUACUUCGCUAGAAUUAUACCAAUCGACGCCACAACUAUCCAGCUCCUUAGAACAACUUCUUUCCAUAUUCCCAACAAGUCCUUUCCUACUCACCUGCUUAGCUCUUCUAUCCUAUCAUACCAAGGAUUUUGUCACUGCCGACGCUCAUUUCAGUCGUCUCCUUGCACUACAUCCUCAUCGAUUAGAUUCACUCGAUCAUUACUCUAAUAUUCUUUACGUUAUGAACCUCAGACCCAAAUUAUCGUUUCUUGCACAUCUCUGCUCGAGUGUUGACAAAUUUCGACCAGAAUCCUGUGUUGUGAUAGGCAAUUACUACUCACUGUUAUCAAGUCACGAGAAGGCUGUACAAUAUUUCAGACGUGCUUUAACCUUAGACCGUUCUUGCCUCAGCGCUUGGACGCUAAUGGGUCACGAAUAUGUGGAAUUAAAAAAUACCCACGCAGCUAUUGAAUCGUAUCGUCGAGCAGUUGACGUUAACAGGAGGGAUUAUAGAGCCUGGUAUGGACUAGGACAAACAUACGAAGUACUUGAAAUGCAUGCAUAUGCACUGUGGUAUUAUAAACGUGCAGCAGGACUCCGUCCUUGGGAUGGCAAAAUGUGGAUGGCAGUAGGAUCCUGCUUACAGAAAAUGGGUCGCGAUCUCGAGGGCAUCAAAGCACUGAAGCGUGCACUGUUAGCAGAUAGCUACUACGAUGCAGGUGUGGGCAGUUCAUUCGGAAGUGGUGGUAGAGAAAGAGGGGGCACUAUGGAUCCGGAAAUCUUACUCCAAAUUGCUGGGAUGUAUGAGAGGUUAGAGGACGAAAGAGAAGCACGAGGGUAUAUGGAGUUGUGUGUGGCACAAGAAGAAGGCAGUGAUAAUGCAGAUCUAUCUGCUAUUAACAUCCAUAAUGAUUCAGCGUCAUCAGAUGAUGAAGGGCGCCAACCACUGGCACCUACAGGUGAGGGUGGUAAUGGCACAGGGGUUACGGCUGCAACUUCAAAAGCCAGGAUGUGGUUAGCAAAAUACUCGAUGAGAACGGGCGACUAUAAGAGAGCCAUGCAACUGGCGACAGAACUGUGUCAAGAUGGGAUAGAAGUAGAGGAUGCAAAAGCUUUAGUUAGAGAGGUCAGAGUCAGACUGGAAGGGUUGGAGUCACCGUGAGCGAGCAGAUAGCAUUUAUAGGAGUUUUGCGAUACCAAUGAGAAUCGACUUUAUCUAGUUUUGACUCUGACGAGCGUCAGUUUCAGAAUGUGCAUACUCUUUAUUGCCACAAAGUCCAAGGCCUAUGGUGGAUUCUGGAAGUUUUGUGAAUGCGAGGUUCAGCAUACUUAUCAUUCUUCCGAAAUAUCCGACAUGAAAGGAUUUUCCUCUUCACGUGUUAUUUUAACCCCAACAA